GUAACAAGAAAAUGUGCGUCGUGUUCUUCUUCUAAAGACCAUGAUUUCCGAUUUGUCAACAAAUUGGGGGUCUGCACUAAGAAGAACCUAACACUAGCCUGCGCAGUUUUCAUGCGAACUACAUAUGGCCCUGUCGCUUGCGACGUCUAAAGGCACUUGUUGCAAAACACGCGAGCGUAUGUAUGUAGUGGAAGUACUGGCAACGACUGCACACACGACAGAUAAGAUGAAAAAUAUUGACGUAGAAGGACAGCAUAAGGACCACAAAACGUAGAACAACCAGAACACGCGCAACAAAAGGUUGGGCGGCGAAUUGACAAAUCAUCAAAGUCACCUUCAACAUAGAAACGGUUUUCCUUCUUGGUAGAAAACGAUGUGUAUGAUACGGUUUGGAUAUUUGUUCAUUCGUGCUGGUUCGUGCGUUCUUGUCGAGCAUGCAGCAGCAUUUGUUUAACUGAUUUACAGAUAAUUGGCAUGCUGGGAUGUGGAUGUUACAAGCAGUACCUUUUCAAACCGCAUAAUUUCAACUAGCUUUUCGUUUACCAGGGUCUUCUACUCCAUCGCCCACACGUCAAAUUGUCAUAUACUUACGCAAUCCACACAGUCUAUUAGAGACUGUUGUUCAAGAUCAUCAAGAUGACACACAGUGGGAAUGAUCGAUUUUUUGCCGCCCUUCUCCGCAACGACGUUCACCCACUGACCGCGAAGCAUCCUAAGGCGUGCAUUAGCUACAGCGCUCUCGACUCCGCAAGAGUGCACUCGCUGGCCGGAUCGAAGAAGGUAGUACUUAGUACUGUCUUUUUCCUUUCUUGUGAUGAUGAGCAGGAUUCAGAAGUCGCUGUCUUCUCUGCUUCUUUUGGUUAUCGUCGUAGUAGAUCUCAGUUUGAGUCGUGUUGGAGGACAGGUGGUAACAUUGAAAUGAACGUCAAAUAAUUAAAAGCCCGACUUCUAUUAAGCAACAUUCCUACAUUAUCAGGGAAGCGAUGCUCCGCAGGCAUCCUAUUCAAAGGCCUCUCUGGCUUCCGCGAGAAGCCACGUUUCUCUGCUCUCAACGGCUUCUACGCGACGACGACCGCGCUUUGUACCAGGUACUGACUCUGACCUCUUAAAAACCUUAACCUAGUAGUACUAUGACUCUGACCUCUUAAAAACCUUAACCUAGUAGUACUAUGACUCUGACCUCUUAAAAAGAAAAACCUUAACCUAGUAGUCCUCCAAUCUACUUACCUUUUCAACUACAGUAAAAGUUCAGGUGUCCAAGCUGCCGAUGCGUUGAAGAAGCAGUCUGCUCAAGCCGAUGCGGAGGUAAACCAGACAAGUCGACAAGCUGCCUUAGACCACAUACGUCGACUUAAGGAGGAAUUGAGAAGAGCGAAAGAAAAUUAUGGCACUGAUCGGCGUACUCUUUGUCUUCACAGUCAGGAUUCACUACACUCAGGAGUCGUACAACGGCAUCAUGCGACCCAUAUUUGCUAGAACUAUAUGGUUGUCAGGAUGAACAGAAGCGCCAGCUGCUGCAGCUGCACGCUUGGCAACUGCGUACUACCUGAUGGCCACGAUCUAUUCAGUGUGUAUGAUUCACGACUGCAAUGCUUGGAAAAUCGUUAAGUACUCAAAAUACGACUAUCAGCAGGUCUUCACGCACUCCUUUGACAACUUGUGAGUUUCAUGCGCAUCAUCAGGAACUCCCCUCCUGCUCCUUCUAAUACCCAGAACUCGCUGAAUUCAAGGCAAGGUACGAAUUAGAGAGAAAAUGGUCGCAGAAAGUAGCCGACCAUCGAAGAAAGAAGGAUGGGGAUGUGGUGAAUUUUAGGCGCACAAUGGCAAAGGAAGACCAAAACAUGCGCAGAGAGACGGAUAUUAUUCUACGUAAAUUUGUACUUCUUUGCUUGUGGUUCAAUGCUUGUCAAACGCCGUCUGGUCCAAUUAUCAUCAUUAUUUGCUUGUGGUUGUGGUUGUUGUGCUUCAAUGUUCAUCACGAAAGAGAGUCGUAGGUGUCUUCAUAUUAUGCUAUAGUGUAUGAGUAUGAUCCUUACUUGGUUGGAGUCUCUCUCUCUACCAUAACCAUUGGAAACUUUCUCUCUCUCUCUCCGUCAUUGGAAACUCCCUCUCCGUCAUUGGAAACUCUCUCUACAACUACCCAAAUUUUCAGGCCAACUCGCAUAUGAGGAGUCCCUUGCAGAGGUUCAGGGAGAUUUGUUUGAUGAUGGAACGCCAGCCGAUGUUGAGGGCGUGUAGAGGAUCGGGAAGAUGAUAUCUCGUAGCUGUAGUGCCAGCUGCUCUAUCAGUAGAACUCCUAUCUAUGACUUUGUCUAUUUGAGAAUAUAACUCGCACUUAUAAUCUACCAUAAGGUCGUAGUCGUUGAUCAUUACAUUUGAUUUUUGAUUUUUUCAUCUACCAGUUGUAUCAUCUGCGAGAUCUUUAAUAUUCAUGUUUAUCUUCCUUAUGUCAUCAACAGUGAUUGGAAGUAGAGGCAUUAUGCAGCGACACGAGAAAGGACAAGUGUCG